AUUUGAUAUCAACAUUGCAGCUCUGCCCAAGUGUUCUUGAGGAGGCUAUUAAAACUCUCAAUUUCUUUCUAUUUCUACAUGUGGAAAGCAUAUUUUUCUCUCCUUUAUUAUUUUUCUAUGCCAUCUUGGUGUUUGCCACUCUGGCCUUGCAAGAGCAAUCCCAUUGCCUCUGAGCUGCCCGUGGCCCUGCUGAAGUCAUCUGGAAAUCAGCUGAGAGACGGGAAAUUUGGUUUCUGAUGCAGAAGCAAUGGUGCUAUUAAGGCAGUGCAGCCAUGUACCCCCUCCCCAGCUGGGCACCCUGCAGAUCAUUCAUGGCAAUGGCACAGCCGUCGGGACGGUCAUCGCCUUCCAGUGUGCGGCUGAGCACCAGCUGGAGGGGCCCGGCGUCAUCACCUGCAUAUGGAAGGGGAACGAUACCCAGUGGACAGCAGAAGUGCCCUCCUGCAAGCCCAUAUCGAAGUAUGAGACUUUUGGAUUUAAAGUUGCAGUGAUUGCUUCCAUCGUGAGCUGUGCCAUCAUUCUGCUGAUGUCCAUGGCUUUUUUAACCUGCUGUCUCAUCAAGUGUGUGAAGAAAAGUGAAAGGAGAAGGACUGAAAGGGACAUGCAGCUGUGGUAUCAGCUCAGAACUGAAGAACUGGAGAACAUGCAUGCUGCUUACUUUGGUUAUAAGGGAAGGAAUAACAACAACAACAACAAAAAACUCAGGAAUAAUUCUGUAUUUGACGAUGUGACUAACAUGGCAUAUGACAACCAAGGCUUCUACAGAUUCCAAGAGGAGUGGACUCGGGACACGGCAGCUUCGGGGCGCUGCAAAGCCAGUGAGCGGCUGCCCAAGCUCAGCAGCAGCAGCAGCACACCUGAGAGACCCACAGUGCCAGGACACAGCACUGCUCUGCACACAGUGAAUUCGGUCCAUGUGGUUGAGGUCUAUGGACACACAGACAGAUACAAUAAACCCAGGUGUCAGAUACCUGGCUAGCUGCUGGCUGAAGUGCACUUGCUUCUCUGGACCAAAAAGAAGUGGAUCAAAAUAAUGUGCCUUAAAGAUAACGCAGGAAGUUAACUAUUCAUUUGAAUCUGAAAGUUUUAUAUAUUACAAAGUGGUUAUUUAACAGGAAUACUUUGAGGUCUGAUAUAAAUAAAAUAAGGAAUGUUGA